AGGGGCAGGUCGUCCGGCCCCCUCGCCGUCUGCGACCCGAGGACGUCCGGCCGAACCAUGGCGGCCCCGCAGCCGCUGUCGCGCUUCUGGGAGUGGGGCAAGAACAUUGUGUGCGUGGGCCGGAACUACGCCGACCAUGCCCGCGAGAUGCGCAGCGCGCUGCCUCGCGAGCCGCUCCUCUUCCUGAAGCCGUCGAGCGCCUACGCCCCCGACGGUGCGCCCGCGCUGCUGCCCGCCUACAGCCGCGAGCUGCACCACGAGCUGGAGCUCGGCGUGGUGCUGGGCCGCCGCGCGCGCGCCGUGCCCGAGGCCGCCGCCAUGGACUGCGUGGCCGGCUACGCGCUCUGCCUGGACAUGACGGCCCGCGACGUGCAGGCCGAGUGCAAGCGGCAGGGCCUGCCCUGGACCCUGGCCAAGGCCUUCACGGCCUCCUGCCCCGUCAGCGCCUUCGUGCCCCGAGACCGGGUCCCCGACCCGCACCGCCUGAAGCUCUGGCUCAGGGUCAACGGCGAGCUGCGGCAGGAGGGCGACACGUCGGCCAUGAUCUUCUCCAUCCCCUACAUCAUCAGCUACAUCUCCGGGAUCAUGACCUUGGAGGAGGGAGACCUGAUCCUGACCGGGACGCCGAAGGGCGUCGGGCCCGUCCAGGAGAACGACGAGAUGGAGGCGGGCAUCAAGGGGCUGGUGAGCAUGCGCUGCAGGGUGGAGAGGGCCCGGCUCUGAGCCCGGGGGCUGGAUCGCGGCGCUGCGACCCACUGACCCUCCAAGCAACGCGCUGCAAAGAGCCUUCUCGGAAGACCUGGGCAGAACUUACCAAGCCUGACGCUCCGAUCACCUCUUUCCGGAAGCUGGACUUUUCAGCGGGUCAUUCUGCCAUCAGAACAAGGUUAAAUCUGCAAAGGGGGCUGAAAAGUAUUUUUCACAUCAGUGCUCCCCAGAUUUCUUUGAUGCUGAUAAUCAUCUGGUGGGUGGUAACGGAAAUAUUUCCAAAUUACUGGCCUACAAUCAGGUCCAUCGUGUUGCUGGCAGAAUUCAUCUCCAGCAUGCCAAGUGACCCUGAACACGCCACGUAAUCAGCUAAUAUAAUUCAUGUUUGAUAAGUAAACACUUCAAAUGCUCAGGGCAUGUUCCCUGGCCCUCAGAUUCUGUUUGAAAGAUAAGUUUGAAAGGGUAAUUUUCCAAAUAAAGAUGUUGUCAUCUGUG